ACCCAUUGCAAUUGUAUUCACUCCUUUCUUCUCUCCAAUCCAAAAAAAUCUCUGUUUCCAUUCCGAAUUUUCGAUGCUACACAGCCCCACUCUCGCCUCGACAUCGCCGGUUCCUCUCCACCAAUUCCGCACCCGCAAUAUGUCCGUGCGAGCCGACGCGGCGCAGCUUGCCGUGGCGGCGGCGCCCGACCGCCGCAGCCUCUACGAGGUCCUCCGCGUCAAGCGGAACGCCUCGCAGGUGGAGAUCAAGACGGCGUACCGCACGCUGGCCAAGCUGCACCACCCCGACGCCAGAGCGCGAUUCAUGGAUUCCUCGAUCGCAACGUCCGCGGACGGCGGGGACUUCAUCGAGAUCCACAACGCCUACGCCACGCUCUCGGAUCCGAACGCUAGGGCGGAGUACGAUCUCAAUUUGACUGUCGAUUCGCGCGGGCGGUGGAAUCCCGGCGGCGCAGGCGGUUACCGGAGCCCUGGCAGGGGCAGAUUUUACCAGACGCGUCGCUGGGAGACGGACCAGUGCUGGUGAUUUGUUAAUCACGAUUCAGGAAAUUAACAAGUCGUAUGUAUAUGCUUGUGCGAUCCUUUUGAUUUUUCCGAUUUUAGAAGGGGAAAUUAUUAGAAUACGAUGUUUCUUUGCUUUUUUUUUAACCUUUUGUGGUUCGGAAUUCCUAAUGUAAUUAAUUCCCCGGUGUAGAAAAGUACAAUAUUAAUGAAGACUGAUAAUUGAGAAUU